UCUCACGCGUGUCGUACGUAUCAAUCGAGCGCACUCGCCAGCGAAACUUAACUCGCACCUUUCGAUAAAACGUGAAUGAAGUGUUGUUCUUGAACGAUAAGUUUUUAUUUAAAUACUUUCUUUCGCCUGGCAGUUUUUGUUUGUGUUGGUUAUUUUUGUUUAUUUGUUCUGUGACUUCACAUUGGAGGUGUUCCGAUUAUUUUCAACUCUGCCAACUGUUUACGGGUUGCGCCGGACGAGAGAUCCUGCCCGUUAUAAUGUGAUCGGCGCACGACGACGCGCUCUCCUCAAGGUGUUUGCGAUGUGGUACACGUGGACGUUACUGCUGGUGUCGUGUGCACUGGUGAAAGCGGACGUCGCGGCAGCAGUGGAGGCGUCCGAGCCGGUGACCGUCGCUUCCACAACACUUCAGCCCGAAAGCGAAUCAACAACUAUCUCAAUAACUGAAGAUACCCAUACCACAAUUGAUGAAGUUAAUCUUGAUCAUGAAGAAACAAGAUCUGUAGCUACCACCCGCUCGCCGCCUCUUACCCUUGACCGCAAAGCGGCAGAACUUGCUUGGCGAUCUUGGCUUCAAAGCCCAGAAAGUGGAAACCAGAAUGCACCGCCGAGGAGAAUUAUAACCAAAUCUCUGUUCAUCACACCUCUUGUAUGCCCGAAAGGACAACGGCUUGAUCGCAAUGGCUGUGUUCAGGUCAUGACCGUAAACAAAGACGAACAUGAACGAAUUCUUCUUGAACAACUGAACGCACUAUUUUCUUCGGGUUCUAGCGGAGAUGUGUUGUACGACUACGGCGACGAUGAGCCAGGCCCACUGCAGCUCUCUAUACCCAUCGGUUUGGAUCCCCAAGCAGCGCCACUGCAGAGUCAAGAGCCAUCUGGACAGGCUCAAGAUCUACAACCAAGCUAUGUAAAAAUCGAUAAAAAGAAUAAUACUACCAAUGGUGAAAUAAGUAUAGAAGCAGAAUUAGAACUAUUAAAACUUCAACAUUCACAAAACAACUCGGCUACUGCUGAUGGGACUGACGUAUUGAAUCAUAAUGUAAUGAAUAAUCUAUUAGCUCUCGCAGAUAAACCUAAGCGGGACAGUCCUCUCGAUAACUCAACUCAAACAAACAACACCAACGAGGAAGGACAAAAAGAAUUAGUUUAUGGACACGUCAAUGUAGAUCCUGUUCUCUACGGUAUAGAGAAUGGAAAUCAACAGACGCAGAAUAGGGAAGAAUCGACGAUACAUAAUAAAACAUUAAUAGUUAAUGACAACGAUAAUACAAAUACAACUAACCAAGAACUGAAAACAGACUUAGAAGGAACUAAACUUAACCCGGAGAAUGAUUACUCGGACAUUGGAGAAACGAUUAAACUUAUAAGUCGUUAUGCUGAAGUUACAACGGAUGAUAAUUUCUUUAAGAACCAAAAGAAAUACGCUAUAAAAGAUGAUAGCAUUUUGGGCACACGUACGAAACUGCAACAUCGCCGUAACCGACCGAAACUAGACACAUUAAAAGACACCGCACAAGCACAUGUACCGUCUAAAGUAAUUCACAAAGAUAAGUUGCCUCUCCAUGCUACUGUUUCUAAAAAUGAACCGUAUUACCGAUAUCCGUGGGUAGGCCAACAUUCACCAACCCCGCCUCCAAACUAUCCUUUCCGGCACUUGCAAGAUUACUGGCCGGGUCGUACUCAGGUCGGGGGAGUCUAUAAUAUUCACGAAAAUCCACGACGCCAUCACCAUUCUUAUCCGCACUACUUUAAACCUCGUGGUUACUAUGUAGGCAAUAGUGGUCUGUACGUUGGACAAGAUGCUCGAGUUGGUCCACUUCAGUUUUAUCCCCAUAUGGUGACCCAACGCCAUGCAACUCCAAUACAACCUCACGCCAAUAAUCAGGAUCUGUACAGCUUACUUGGGUUAAGGCAUUGGUUUAGCAGUGAAGGCACAUCAAAAAGAUAGCUACAUUUCUUCAUUACUAGACAAUUCGAUGUUACCCGACGACGUAUAAUGGAAGCUAUGGGAAAUAAUGAAUAUAGCAUGUAAAAGCUUUACAGCUAAUUAAGCUUUCAACUAAUAGCAAUUAGGUUUAGUUUCAGAAAUGUAUAAGAGCUAUUUGUACUUAUUUUUCUUAUCUACCUACUUUUCAUUUCUGUCCAUAGCUUUCAAUAUAUUAGCCUAUUUAUUUCAAAGCCAAAUAUUAGAGUCAUAGUUAAAUUAAACGUUUGUUAACUGUUUUAAUUUCUUGUAAAUAAUUCUUGUUAUUUUAAGUGUUUUAUUUUGCUAUAUAUACUUAGUAAUAUUGCCGUUGUUUUGUAUUAUGUAAAUUGUUGUAUUAAAUAUUACUAAUUUAUGUUUAUUCGAUGUAUAUUUUAAUAAUAUUUUCGUUGUGAAUCUAGAUGUUGUAUGUAACUAUUAUUUAAAAAAGUAUAAUGUUCUAAAAAUUGGCACUGGUCUGCCGAAUUAUAUUGUAUAAUCAUUUUUAUAAUGAUUUACCUUUAUACUUGCAUCUGUUAACACAUAAUUAUACUUGUAUUCAAUUGUGCGUAGAUAUAGUUUGUACAUAAUUCUUUGUAUUAUUAGUUCAAAAUAACCAAAUGUAAUUUCGGACACUUCAAGCCCACCUAAAGUUUGUUUAAAUCGAAAGAACUACUCACUAUAUAUAAAAAUAAUUACAUUCGGAUGAAUAUUAUCGUGUAUUGCAUGUCGCAUGAUAUUGACUAUAACAGAUGACAUGAGGGUAUGCAAGGUAAAGUAGGUUUUGGCAGGAUUGGUUUAGAAUAUUGAAGAACUGCAACAAUAGACUGGGUCAUUCUGAAGGAUAAACUUGUUAAUCAUAAGUACAGUACUGAGGGAUGUGCGAAAAUAUCAAGUACAAAUUAUAACCGAAAUUAUUUUCCUGUAUAUCUAAUAUUAUCUAGAAAACUAAUUUGAUGUCUACGUCGUAAUGGCACUGGCAUACAAAAUUCAUAUUUUAAUUACGAUAAUGGUUAAUAGACAUUAUUAUUUGAAUAGAUUUUUUGGGCUUAAAAUGGCAACCUACUGCCAAUUUGCUGGGUCUAAUCCUGUGUCAAAAUGCAAAAUAUAUAUAUAUAUGUUUAAGUAAUAAUCCUUGAACAUGACUUAUUGAAAAUAUAAUUGAAAAAGAUGAAAAGUUAUCAAUAAUUCAAGGUAUUCAUUGUAGAAAAAGUUAUAUAGGUACUGUAUAACUUUACCAUUACCUUCUCCUUUUUACUAUACCUUGAAUGCUACCGAACUAUUUAUUACACAUAAAUAACGAUCCCACCAAAGCUUAGUUUAAGUGUUUAAUUUUUAUAAAGUAAGCAGUACUAUGAAAUGUUUAGAGUAUUUAGAUACAAUAAGUAAAUGUAUUUUUAUAAUUCACAAAAUAUCGAUGUGUAAGCCAUCUAAGAAACUAAAUAAAAACAAAUUGUAAUGAUAUCCCAAUCAAAAACGCAUUGCUUCAUAUUGGAACAUUAGCAGAUGCUAAGGGGACUUAUAAUAUACAUAGUUUUUUUAGAUUAUGAAUGAGUUAUUAAAGUCAUCAUUUAGUUAUCGUAGGUGAUAUACAAAUUUUAUCAAAGUGCUAUUAAUUCUAAACCAGUGCUUGAUGUAUGUUAAUAUGCCUUAAUAAACAGUUGAUUUAUUUUAUUAUAUAUGUUAGUAAUAAUAUCAGUAACUUGACUAAAGUGUGGUAUUUUCUAGAGAUUCCUUGUUAAAAUUUGUCUCAAUUUAGAACAAAUUUUAUAGUACUACCUAUACACUUCAUUAACUGCUAUAUUAUUACAAAUAUUAAACAACUUGUACAAAUAUUAUAAGAAAUUGAUAUAGAUUGUAUAAAAGAAAUCAACCUUAUAUAAAAUUGCAAUUACAUUAUACUCAAUAUUAAUGUUUUAAAAUUUCUCUUAUUUACAAAUAAUAAUAA